AUGAGUUCUCCUUCAACUUCACCAUCAGGAUCUGUUGUUCCAUCUUCCAGAGUAUCUACGCCAUCAACAUCGGUUUACGGUUCGGAUGAAGAAGAAGGUGAGGAUAAAGAGGAGAAGAGAAUUCUGAAGUUGCUCGAGCAAAAAUAUGCUAAUGACACAAAUUCCAGUGAACAAUUUAAGAAAGAGGUUAAGGAAUUUGAAGGAUUAUCGAAUGGCCGAAAAUUGAAAAAGUUGGACGAACUCGUGAAGAGAUCUCAGCUUUUCAGUAGUAUUAUUGCGAAUACUUUAUUGGAAAGCCGCCUCUCUUCACAAGGAAAAAAUAAGAAAAUAAGAAAACAUUUAGGGGAUACUUCUAAGUCAAAUGUAUCAAACUUUGCAGGUCCAUUGAAGAAGAAGCAGAGAACGCAAGGAAAUAAAACAAAAGGUAAGAUGAUUCAAUCGAAAAUUACUGAUCUUCUUAAAAUAAAGUCUAAUGUUAAGAAAAGAGAUGCCAGAGUAUCCCAAAAUUCCCUGAAGAAAUUUGAGCGACCAAAUAUUGGACAGCCGAAACUUAUUACGGGUUGCAGAAUGAAAGAUUAUCAGGUGACAGGAAUGCAAUGGUUGGUGACGUUGUACCAAAAUGGCUUGAAUGGCAUUCUAGCAGAUGAGAUGGGUUUAGGAAAGACUCUUGAGAGUAUUGCAAUGUUAGCAUAUUUAUAUGAGCAAGGAAUUAGCGGCCCUUUUUUGAUAUGUUGCCCAUUAAGUACAGUAUCAAAUUGGGUAGAUGAAUUUCAUAGAUUUGCCUCAACAUUUAAUGUUAUUGCUUACGUUGGAUCUAAGGAUAAGAGGGCUAAUCUAAGGAGGACCUUAUUUCAUGCAAAUGUUGUUGUUACCUCCUAUGAAAUUAGCAUUAGGGAUUCUAAAUAUUUGGAAAAAAAAGAUUGGAAAUAUUUAAUUGUGGAUGAGGGACAUAGGUUGAAAAAUUCGCAUUGUCUUUUGAUUCAGCAGCUCAAACGAAUACGAACGUCUAAUCGUUUGCUUUUGACAGGCACACCAUUACAAAAUAAUUUGGAUGAACUCUGGUCAUUGCUUAAUUUUAUUCUUCCUGAUAUUUUCCAUGAUGUAGAAGUUUUCCAACAGUGGUUUGAUUUUUCAGCAUUUGAGAAUUUAAAAGAAGAUAGUUCUAGUGCAGUAUCUCAACAUUUUAACGACAUAGUGAGCCUCGAAAUUCAAAAGACGUUGGUUAAGAACUUGCAUACUAUUCUCAAGCCAUUUUUGUUACGAAGAUUAAAAAAAGAUGUGAUGAAGGGAUUGCCUCCAAAGCGAGAGUAUAUCAUAUACUCAAAACUUUCCAAAAAGCAAGAUCUUAUCUAUAAGGCUAUUCUUUCUCGACACCUGAAGGAUUUGUUGUAUAUUCAGGGCUUCGAGGAUUACAUGAGCCUCAAUCAUAAUGCAUCUGAAAGGAGUUAUUCCAAAAGUGAUCUCAAGAAAUAUGUAUUGUCACAAUUACAUGAUGAGAAUCCAAAGGAGGAUAAUGAUCUUUUUAAGCAUUGGAGCUUUGUCCGUCAGCAAGUGAAUAGAAAAAAAUUGCAGAACGUUAUGAUGCAAUUACGUUUAGUAUGCGAUUCACCAUACUUAUUCUUUUUUCCAUGGAAUGAUGACACAAAAUUGACCUCUGAUCUUAUCCAAAACUCUUGUAAGUUGCAAAUAUUGGAUCAGCUUCUCCCACUUCUAUUAAAACAAAAGCAUAAAGUUCUAAUAUUCUCACAAUUUACGGGUAUGCUUGAUAUUUUGCAAUCCUAUUUGACUGAGAUCCGUGAUAUUAGCUGUUGCAGAAUUGAUGGUUCAACGUCUCAAAGUGAUCGAGAAUUUUUAAUAUCGGAAUUCAACAAGAUUGCAUCAAAGUCAGGUGUGUUUUUAUUAUCGACGAGAGCUGGUGGCCUUGGAAUAAACUUAACAGCAGCAGAUACUGUAAUUCUCUUUGACUCAGACUGGAAUCCACAAGUGGACCUUCAAGCUAUGGACAGAGUACAUAGAAUUGGGCAAACCAAGCCUGUAUUGGUUUACCGUUUAGUUUGUGCACAUACGAUUGAGGAAUUUCUUCUAGCAAAUGCCGAUUCCAAGCGAAGGCUUGAAAAGCUUGUUAUACAAUUAGGUGACUUUCAUACUUUGUUACAAAAGCCGUCCGAGAUGCACCUGACAUUUAGAAGGAAAAAGCAGGUGCCUAAUACAAAUGAUGAGCUUUUGGACAAUUUGAAGAAGUUUUUGGAUUCUAAAACUGUAAAAACUAAGGAUAUUGAUAGUAAUGUUUUAAGUGAAGCUGAUAUAACGGACCUCUUGGACCGUUCGGAGUCAGCAUACACUAGAAGAGAUGCCGGCGAGCAGACGGCUGAUGGUAAAAAGUCACAUAUUUCAUUGUUUGAAACAGUGUCUACUAUGGCGUGA